AUUGCAAUCGGCGUUCGGAGAUAAAAGCAUUUCUGAAUGCACCUGUCUGUACGGCCGGGAGGCGCUCGCUGACAUCAAUUGCCUCAAUUCCUUGAUUUACAGAGAAAGCCCCGAACAGCCACAAUAACUCCGAUGGAAUGGGAGCGACAAGAGGUGCAAGAUGAUCCGAUCGAGAUGGGUAUGACGCCAGCCCGGCCUCGACAAUGUUUUUGCUAUAAAACCCCGGCGACGGUCCGGGGCAACAGUCGAGUCGUCGUGGGAAGAUCCAUAGUGAAGACGUGCCCAUUGCAACUGCCAUCAAUCCAGUAAAAGCAGACAUCAAAAUCCCAUCUUCCCGCACCAAAUGUCCUCAGAAACACCCAACAGCGCCCUGCCCCUCGCGGGCAAGACGGCCCUCGUCACCGGCGCCUCCCGCGGCAUCGGCGCCGGGAUCGCCCUGGACCUGGCGCAGCAGGGCGCCUCGGUGAUUUUGCACUACGCAUCCCCGUCCAGCCAAGCCAAGGUGGAGGCGGUCUGCGCCGAGAUCGCCUCCCUGCCGCACAAGCCCGGCACGUCCAGGUUCCGCGCGGACCUGUCCAGCGCCUCGGGCGCCUCGACGCUGCUGGCCGAGAUCAAAGCGCAGCACGGCGGGGACUCGUUCAGGCUGGACAUCCUGGUCAACAACGCCGGCGCGUCCAAGGCGGUCCCGCUGGCGCGCAUCACGGCGGCCGACUACGAGGCCACGUACGGGCUCAACGUGCGCGGGCCGCUGCUGGUGACGCAGGCGGUGCUGCCGCACCUCAACCCGCGGUCGCGCAUCGUCAACGUGUCGUCGGUCGGCGCGCGCGCCGGCUACCCCUCGCUGUCGCUGUACUGCUCGUCCAAGGCGGCGCUGGAGGGCCUGACCAGGGUGUGGGCGGCCGAGCUGGGCGCCGACGGCACCACGGUCAACUGCGUGGCGCCCGGGCCCGUCGAGAGCGACAUGUUGGACUUGAUCCCGCAGGAGCUGGUCCGGUCGCAGCGGAUGCGCACGCCCGUCGAGAAGAGGACGGGGAGGGUGGACGAGGUCGCGAAGGUCGUCACGUGGCUGUGCGGAGAGGCUUCUGGCUGGGUCUCGGGGCAGACCAUCUCGGCGAGCGGUGGUUAUGCCAUGUACUGAGAGGGCUGUGGUCUAUUCACUUUGGAAAAACCUGGCAUUGGGGUUUCUGUGAGCUUCCAGAUAUGCGGCUCCGAGUUGGCGGCUGUUUGUUGACUAGUCGCGCAAUUUUAUUGCCCCUUUGGGUAAACCACCCCGACAAUGCGAGGCAUGGGAGCCCUCGCAAGUCAACCGCCGUUCAUGCCAGGAUACAUCGAUGCAUCUCUUGGUAAACUCCACACCGCCUGUCCGGCCUUUUUGGGCCUAUCGGUGGUUCACGAAUUCUAUCAAGGUACAACUCUCGGGGUGUGCUGUAAUUACUAUGUAGACUGUACGUGUCGGUCGACCUUUGGGCGGCAUUUGGCUCCGUUUUUAAUUCGAUGCAUGAUGACCAAAAGGCGACCCUGUGGCACAAUGUAGCAACUGCAGUCCGCCAAGCUGAGCGCAAGGAUACGUGGGCGCAUGAAAUUCCCAACAGUGCAGAGCUCGGCACGACGUUGAACAAAACAGG